AUGAUGACGAAGCCGAAUGGAACGAUGAACGGUAACAACGCUUCGUCGGGCACCCCCGAGACUCGUUGGUUUUACUUCGGCCCCGACAAUGAGUGUUACGGUUCGUAUUGUUGGUUUAUCAAGCUUCUUAAUUUUCGUUUGUACUUUUAGUUUCAAUCCUUUACAGGAUCUUUGAUUCUUUCUGAGUCAGCAUUAGAAACGAACAAAAUUCUUUUCAGAGUAUUCACGCCUUCAUCAUUCAUGAAAUUUUACUCACAACAAAAUCUGCAUAACCUCUCAAUUUUCAAAAUUCAACGCCUCAAAGGCCGCUUUCCUGCUUUUCAGUUUUUCUUGAGAAAAAGAAUUCAGGACCAUACACCGGCAAAGACAUGGCGAUGUGGACUCAGAGCGGUUAUUUCAACGAUUCUUUGCCCAUCCGAACCGAGAACGAGGAACGCUAUCACACGCUCGGCGAGUGGAUGCGCGCUUGCGGUGGAAAGGUAACAUAUCGAAGGGGUUUACGAUUAUUAAAAGUCAGAAUAUUUAGAAAAAUUGUUGUUUUCAAAAAGAUCUCCGCGAAAAUCAGGAUCAUCAUUGCAUAACUUUCUGAAGGUUUUGUCCAAUCCUAUCAAUCGAGAAGUUGUGUUUCUAUGGUCGUUGUGAAACUUGAUACUUAUAUUUUCCAGUUGUAACUAAAUUAUUUUGACAGCCUAGCAAAGACUAAAGUUUCUGAAGUUGCUCUAAGACUCUUCGAACUUCUAAUUGAACCUUCUGAAGGCCAAAAUCUGCAUAACGUCUCAAUUUUCAAGAUUCAACGCCUCAAAGGCCGCUUUCCUGCAAGAAGCUGGACUUUGAGGCGUACAGACUGCGAAGCAAGAUAUCCGUUUUUGUAGGUACAGCGUAGACCAUGCCCAUGGAUAGACCAGCUAUUGACUUUAUGAAAGCUGAACUCGUUGCAGACGCCGUUUGCGAUACCGGUGUACACGAUGGAGCACUUGAUGCAGCAGCUGAGCCAGAUGAGGACGACGACAGGACCGCCGAUGAUGCUGGUGCCGCCUGGUCUGGCGCCGCCGUACCCACCGCCGGUCCGUUUCCCGCAAUACAUGCCAGGCCUUCCCCAAAUGAUGCCGCCGUUGCAUCCCAACGCUAGCGCGCAUCCUAUGCAUUCACAGCCGCCGUCGGAGCCCAUCGAUGCCGGCAGCGUCGCGCACACGCCCGACAGCGAGCAGGACAUCGUAAGCACUUUCACUUCUCUUUUCUUUCUUUUCGGUUCUCUUUCACACCUUUCUGUUCCAUUUUGGGCCGCGCAGAAGUGUGUCGCUGGGUUUCCAUUGUGUUCCUGAUCUAGAGAAAUCACAAAAUUCAAAAAAAGUUUUUGUUGUUGUAAGUGUCACUUCUCAAUCAGCGUAUCCACAUAAUUAGCUAACAAAGUGCACGCUUAAAUUCAAUUGGGGUAUGCUAACGAUCAAUCGAAAUUGCAUACAGCCAGAUACUAUCUCAAUGCUACCUGGAUUUGAGAGGGCUAGGAAAGCUUUAGAAGUAUGUUGCCCGAUAGCACAUCGAUAGCUAUUUCACUAGGUAUCCUAUUUAUCCUCGAUUGACCUUUGUUACUUUUACACCAUUUUCGCCUUUGCUCACUUGGGAAUGGAGAGUUGCUAAUUAUAUCAAUCUGAAAAUUUUUCCAUGCUCUCGGAUACUAUCACACAUCAGAAACACAAUGAAUACCGAGAAAGUUCAUUGAAACAAAAAAUAAAAAUCAAACGACACAUUUCUGAACAAAACGUUCACAUCCAACUUAUGUUCACUUUGGCUCUUACGUGGUUUUUUUUCAGUUUGAAUGCAUGCGUUUCAUUUGAAAUGAUGAAAUCGACUUGGGUUUAGAACGUUUUUAGGGUGAUUAAUAUUUAUGUAAAUCAGCGGUUAUUGGAGUAGUCAGAAGCGUUGGUAACGCCAAGUGUUCACUUAACAGGAUAUUUUAUCAUUCUAAACAGUAGUAUAAAUUCUGUUCCUUCGCACUUUUCGAGUAAUGCAAUUUAACUCAAAGAAAGUGAAUAAUAGUUUGCAGGAUUCAAAACGCCAAUAUGCAUUCCUUCAGUUUCCAUAGCGGAGUUUCGAAAAAAAAAAUUACUAAUUUCUGGUCGAAAAAUCGGUUUCGCAGCUUUUCUGAAGCUGAUAACUUUGCGCUGUCUAUGACCGCCUUCCUAAGUGACCACUCUAGUAACCGAUGAUUUUUUUUUACUUAUCCCCACUGCAUGCAUUGACAAUCGACUUCCUUAGUUUAAAAUUUCCGUUUUUUUUUUUCAGGUAUCGGGAAAGGGAAAUGUCCAUAAAGCAUGAGUGAAUUUUUCAGAAAAGCUUUUUCAGUUCGCUUCAUUGUUACCUGUUUGGUGUUGUCUAGUAAUUUUGCUUGUAACUUCAGCUAGUUCCAAUUAUUUGCUUAAUUUUCACUUUUCAGUUGCUUUUAUCUGCAUGUUUUGAGGAUAUAGUUUUCAGUUUAUUUAAAGUAGAGAGAUGCUUAAGAUGGACUAUAAGAUCGCAUGUGAUAAUGUAGAGCUUUUGAAUAACUCUUUAAGGAAUGUGGCCGAAUUCGCUCUGAAAUAAAAACGAUCUGACGUGAACGAACUAAUUGGAUUUAUGAAAAAAAAUGAAAAAAGUAUUUCGAGACAGAUAGCAAAUCAGGUUGAGAAAUUUAAUCAAGCAAUUGAAUGAUGGUUACUCAAUAUUCUCAGAUGUUCAGUUAUUUAGUCUGCGUUUUAUAAAAUUAUAUUUCUUGCUCCGUGUCUCGAAAUUCUAUAAUAAUUCUCAUAUGGGCAUUUUCAAGAAGUAUUCAGUAUUAUUUUCACGAUUUUCCAGCACUCUCACCAGCAGCCGAUGUCCGGAAUGCAGAAACACGUCUACGUGAUGGCCGAAGGACCUUCGGUCCGUCAUUGGGGAACCGAGACUGACCUCAAGACGACUCGCGACGUUUCCAGCCAGACUAAUCCGAUUAUUGUUCGUUUUUCUUUGGGUUUUGUCUGGAAAGUUUGUGUAUUUGGUUGCAAAAUUUGCAAUUGGUGUUGAAGUUGAUGGAUGAGUGGCUUCGAAAAAUAAGAAAGAAGAUUAGGUUAGUCGAAGAUGUCGGAGGUUUACAUUGAGAAAUCAUGGAGAAUUUUCUCUUUCUCGGUAUUUAUUGCGAUUUAAUUGGAUUUUGCAUCGUGUUUUGGAAACAGUUAUGAAAUAAAAAAUUAGGUUAAUGAGAGAGAAUUUUUUUUAGUUUUCGUAGCUCAAUGGAAGUUUCCAUACCUUUUGCAAGUUUAACACAUAAAUUUCAAUGAAUAUGGAGGGCAAGGAGAAUUUCGAUACGAACCUGAUUUUGAUGUUUCUUAAAGGAGUUAUGGCAUUAUAAUCUUGAAAAAGUUUUGCUUUUUUGAAAGCUGUAGAGGGGAACGAACAUCAGAAACUAAAAUCAAAUAAUCGUACUCGGGAUGUCUUCCAGAAAAGCAAAGUAAAGAAUUUUGUAUUCGAUCAGCAAAACUAGAAAAAAAAAAUGAAAAAAAAUGACGUAUAUGUAUAAGCAAAAGUGUUUUUUUUUUCUAAUUUGGCUCUGUUUAAUCAUUUUAUUUUUGAACAAAAGUUUUAACUUUGAUUUUAACUGCCAGAUAUUCAAAAACCAACCUAUUGUUGUUUCUUUCCAGAUCCCGAGCAAGGACGCGGCUCGUUUCCUGUCGGAGCUCAUCGGCCAGACCGUCCAUGUGACGUAA